UUGUAAAAUGGCAGCGGUGGAAAGUGGAGACGACGAUGAUAAGUUGGAGACAGAACAUUUCCUCAGAAUCGUCAAUGCUUUUCGGUUUUACAGGUCCCACGCUCUGAUGCGAGUGGAGAGCGCUGACCGGUACUACAAGGAACUACCUGACCACCACAAGGCUCUGAUUCCCGACUUCCGGGCCAACUUGGACCUGAUUCGGACCAGCAUUGACCACAACUAUGAAAUCAUUAAACUCAUCCUGCAGGACACUGAAUAUAUGUUUGAGAACAAGAGUCAUGGCUUGGAGAAUGAUGGAGAGACCAUCAAGCAGGUUCCUCCCACAACGUUUGACAUGGACAAGGUUACAUCAACCCUGAAGCAGUUUGUGCGGGAUUGGAGCGAGGACGGGCAGGUGGAGAGAGAUGCAUGCUACAAACCAGUCACAGAGGAAAUAACUCGCAGAUUCCCUGCUUCAGAGUGGGAUCCCUCGUCUGUCUACGUCCUGGUGCCGGGAGCAGGGUUGGGUCGCCUGGCCUUCGAGAUUGCUAAUCUUGGUUACAGUUGCCAAGGCAAUGAAUGGAGCCUCUUCAUGUUAUUCGCAUCUAACUUUGUUCUUAACAAAUGUAAACACGUGAAUUCCUUCACCAUGUACCCCUGGGUUCACCAGUGGAGCAACAACAAGUUGAAGGCCGAUCAGACUCGACCAAUCACAUUCCCCGACAUCGAGACCACCAGCAUUGCUCCCACUGUCAGUUUCUCCAUGGCGGCGGGCGACUUUCUCGAGGUGUACACCGAGCCAGAAUCCUGGGACUGCGUGGCCACUGUUUUCUUCAUCGACACAGCACACAACAUCAUUGCCUACAUAGAAACCAUGUACAAGAUCAUCAAACCUGGGGGCUGCUGGAUUAAUCUGGGUCCCUUGUUGUAUCACUACACAGACAUGGCCAACGAGAGCUCCAUAGAACUCAGUUAUGAAGAGCUGAAGAAUGUUAUUACAAAGAUAGGCUUUGUUUUAGAGAAAGAAGAAGUUGAUGUGAAGUCGACGUACACCCAGAACCGCCUGUCCAUGUUACAGUAUGAAUAUCAGAGUGUCUUCUUCGUGGCCACUAAACCCUCAUGAGAGAAGGCGUACUUUCAAGCCUGUAGGAGUUACCUCCCCUUGAAGACUCCGCCAUGUUGUAGAUGGGUCUUCCUGCUACACAGACAUCUGUAGAAUGAGUGUGUUAAUGGAGACAGGAUGUGAGCUGCACUGGAAUGUGGACAUAGUUCCUGAUCAUCGUCAUCAUCAUCAUCAUCAUCAUCAUCCAAAGAUUUAUGUAGUGCCAGUUCCAGUCCAAAAGUACUGCUCAGUAAUGCUCCCUGAACAACUUAAGAAUUAAAAGUUACUUUACAAAGCUCUACCAAGGAAUCCAUAUGCUGUAUUGGGGGAAUCUGGGUAGAUGAAAGACCCAAACAACCUAGACGUAAUGGAUUACAGUGUGUACCAAAAACUUGCAUGAAAUUAGUACUGGGUACGAUUUAGUUUUUUACUGCCUGCACAAUUACAACUAAGUGAGUUUUUCAGGUUGCACAAUCAAAAUAUUGCAUAUGCCAUGUUAUACACGUUAUGAUUCUUUAUCAGCAGAGUGAGAUGGAUAAUCGUAACCAACUUCAUCUCCAGAAAGAACACAUUACUUGAUGUUUGAAAAGGAUGUUUUGAUAGAUUGUUGCAUUUUAACUGAUAUGUUCAUUCGUGAAUUUUAUUUCUUUUCUGCUUGUCCAAAUCAACUGUCCACCAUUACACGUGAUGUAUUACACAGUGACCUCUGACCUUCCAUGAAAUGUCACAUGAUUGUGUAAAGUGUGUGGUCUAUCCUACUAAUUAAUGGGUGUGGUCCACGUAAGUGAUUAACGACCAGGAAAACAGACUUGGUUUGUUUUGUCCUCUGAUUACACAAGGUAGGUGAAGGGGGGCAGUGGCCCCUGCUGUAAUAUUGCUGGAAUAUUGGUAAAAGCGUUGUGAAACUAAACUCAUUCACUCACUGGUAGGUCAAGACUUAUUUAAAAGUGGAGAAUUGUUUCACACCAGUCAUGCACUGGUCGUGGGAAAAUUUACCUUCAAUGAGCUCAACCUGACAAUAAAAGUUGCUUGCACUAGUAA